AACAGGGCAUGCGCAGAUCAAUGGUUGUGAAGAUCAACAACAUGGAGGAUAACUGAACUAAAUUUGUGAAAAAAAACCGAUUUAUGUCAUAAAUGUAGAGGUAUCUGUUUUAAAAUGAUACAAUAACUUCAUAAAAAAGAGGAGACAGACUAGGUGAAAAGACAAUGUUUUCAAGAGCUCACCUUUUGAUUGAGAGAGAAUAUGAAAAACUGCAACAAUCUCCUCCUUGGGGAAUAGAAGCUUUACCAUUACAGAAUGACAGUUUAUUUGAAUGGGUAGCCAAGAUAAAAGGCUUGAAGGAUUCCUUAUGGGAAGGUGGAAUAUUUCGUGUAUACAUUAAAUUUGAUGAACAUUAUAAUGUUAGACCUCCAGAUGUCUGUUUUCAUACAAUUCCAUUUCACCCUAAUGUUGACAUGAUCACAGGAAGACCUUGUAUAGAUUUCCUAGACGAUUAUUCUAAGUGGCAAGAGUCCUACAGUCUUUCUUUUAUAUUAAUAACAAUACAGAAUUUAUUAUCCAAUCCAAACCUGGACAGUCCUGUGAAUCCUGAGGCAUCAGAUAUGAUUAUACAUUCACCUCAUGCCUAUAGACAAAUGGUACUGGACUGUGUUGUAGCUAGUCAGCGUGUUGAAGCUGGUAUAACUCCUCAUUCUGAGUUGGAGUCAAGAGUAAGAUUUGCCACACCUACAGAAACUACGAAAGUAACCACAGCUGCUUAUAAACCUUCAUCGUCAAAGAUAACAAGAUUGUCGUUUGAUGAUUAUCACACAACAUGGAGUGGUAUAGCUACUUCUAAACCAGCACAAGAACUCAAAAAUCCAUUAUUAGAAAUGAUUAAAGAAAGUACAGUUUUACAAAAAGUACACUUAGGUUUACCACAGGAAGAAAUAGAAGAACAGAUGAAAAGACAAAUAGAAGAACAUUCUGCACUAAUGUAUGGUAAUUUCAAAACCAGGCCAAAUGAAGAGGAUGAAAAAGCUGCCAAAUUAGCAAGAUUAAGUAGAAUGAAGAAAAUUUAUCUUCCUCCCAGAUUAUCACCAACACCAUCAACAGCUCCACCUCCAACAGGUCACAGAGAUGAACCCUGGGAAAAUGAAGUUGAAGAUCUGGUCACAUGGUCUUCAAAACUAGAUACUGCUGCACUUGAUGAAUAAACCAUUGUACUUUCACUUUCAAAAUUUGUCAAUAAAGGACUAAAUACUAAAUAUAUGAUCUCGUAGGAGAAUCUGUAAAAGGUUCAAAGACUAUUUAUAUUUGAAAAAUUUAUACAUAACAAUUAACAACUUAAAUGUUCAAGGAUCUGUGAGCAGCACUUUAUCCACAAUGUUUAAAGGAUAACGCAUGGUCUUUAAUCAGUCUAGUUUAGAUUAUUAUUUUUAACAUUAUAUAGAACACUUAUUUUUUUUAAACAGAAGUCUUUGUGUGUAGGAAAAACCCUCUUUCCAUGAAGCUCUACCAAACUAUGGAUCUUAUUUACACAUGUAUUCCAAUAAAUAUAUAAAAGAAGUAUGAAAAUCAUGUUUGUGCUCUGUAAGAAUGUGUAUGUGUGAGAAUGUAUCAUGAUCACAUUUAAUUAUAUUUGUACAUAAAAAAUACUAUAUUUAAAAAGCUGUGAUAAAUGACAUAUUUGUGUGACUAUUUACUGGUUUUAUUUCUCUAGUAUCUAUAAAUGCAUUUACUUGACUUUAACAUCUUACUUCUGUUGUAUGAUUGCCUUACUAUUAUACUUUUAAUAAAUCUCUGUGACAGA